CUGUAACCUCAAUCUAAUGUCGUUUGAAAUUGCAAUUUGCAGCGAACCGGGACGUUUGAACUUUUAUUUAAGUUGUAGAAUAAGCUUUCAAGCUUUUGGCUUGAUUAAUCAAUCAAUCUGUGCGUCCAGUGACUUGUAAAUUAAAUAAACCAUUUUCGACGUUCCAUUACACCUACAUACUUGCUAAUGAGCGUACUGUGCUUGGUAAGCAAACAGCAUGUCAUCGUCGCCCAAACCGGAGAAAAGCGUCAAUGAUCAAGACAAAGAGAAGAAACCAGUUGUUAAAGAUGCUUAUGAUUUGCAGCGAUUGAAGCUUGAGAAGUUGAUGAAAAAUCCGACUAAACCAGUGGUUCUACCUGAAACUAGUAGAGAAAAGAAAUCGCCUCAUGUUCCUGAAUUUGUGCGAAAUGUUAUGGGCUCUAGUGCUGGUGCCGGCAGUGGAGAAUUUCAUGUGUACCGUCAUCUGAGGAGAAAAGAACAUUUCAGGCAGAAGUUCAUUCAAGAAAAAGCUGAAAAAGAUAUACUAGAUGAGGAAUAUCACAAAAAGCUUGAGCUUAACAAACAACUUGCGGAAGAAAGGACUGCGAAAAAGAGGGCAAAGAGAUUAAAAAAAAAAGCAAAGCGGAAAAAGAACCAAGGAGAUACAAAAUCAACUGUCAGUAAUGAAACAAGUGCGAAAGAUUCCACUGACGGGAACGUCUCUAGUUCUGGAAGUGAUGACUGAUACAUAGUGUUAUCUCAUGAUCUAAUUUUACUAUCAGAAAUGUGAAUCUAGCAAAAGAGAAUUUUGUGUUUACUUUACUUCUCAUUUUAUAAAAAUAUAGUUAGAACUCAAUUUAAGAGAAUUUUCUUUUGGAUAUCAAGAAUGGCACCAAUUCUGGUAUUGGCUGAGAAUUGAAAUUUGAAUCCAUCUCUUUUGAUAUCUUAAAUGACCUAUUUAUGUCAUUUUCCACCAGCCAAUCAGCAAUGAAAAAUUUCUUUGAUCAUAUCCUUGAUGGAUUUGACUGUCUUUCUUCAUGUCAUUAGGUAGUUAUUUUUUACAUCUUAUGUUAUCCAUUGAAGAAUAAUUUUUCCAUGACAGUAUUUGGAUUUCAAUUGAUGGACAUGUUGUCCUCUCUAGAUGCUUUUUCAAUCACUCUAUCAACUCUUCUGCGAUCCUGAUUCAAUAAGCCCUUCAGUUAUUCUUGUUUCCUGUAGAAACAUAUUUAUUCCAAGUUUGUGUUUGAUAUUGGUAAAUGGAUCAAUGUUUGAAUUUGAAACUGUAAAUAGUCUAAAUUUGUAUAUAAUUUUUACUUUCUUUCAAUUUCAUUUAAAAUAUCAUUUAUAAUUUAGCUUGUUCUGCAAUAAUCAAUUACCUGUUUUUUAAGAAGAUCAAGAUUAAAAUAUUUUGCAAAUGGUAA